CGCGCCAUUCUUCUUUUCCUUUUAGUUUCGCCAUGCUCUUCUAGUGCAUCCAUUCCAUUCAAUCCAUCCAUUCCAUCGCCACCCGCUAGGCUCCUAGCCAGAGAGACCCCGCACUCACUUCCACGACGCAACCACGACUGUUCAAUUCCAUCAUCCGUCCGUCUCUCGCCUUUCUUCCCUUCCCAGCAGCGAUCCGCGUCCACACACACACACAUACAUACACGCCAGCUUAAUCGUGGGAGUGACCUCGCAAGAGACGACCCAUUCAUUCAAUCAUCCACCCGCCUAAUCCACAUGGCUCUAGCGCAAGAGUACGUUCCGCUACCCUUAGGCUCGAACCCGCCCCCUGAAACGGAACGGAACAUUGCUUUACACUGCCCAACCAAUCCUCCUUCAUUUCCAUGCUUUUUCUUACCACUACGACAGACAAGGUAUCCUCCAUAUCCCCUCCGUCUUCUCGGCCUCUCUCGGCACCCACUCGUCUAAGAGGUCUAUAUUUGCUUCUCCGUGCAUAACGCUGCGGCUCUGCCUGCUCUCAGGCUCACCCUCCGGCCCCCAACCCUAUUCAUCUGUCCAGCACUCCAGCUCAGGCCCCCCAACCCUAACCUUCGUGUUAUGCUUAUCCCGUUACCUGUUCAACCCAAUCUCACCUACAUAUACAUGUCGGAAGAAGGCUGCGCCCCAGAAUUCUCGAGCCUCAAGUCUCAAUCUGACACAGUUGAAAAGUCUUGGUCAGGGUCUCAUCUUUCUAGGCAGCAAUCCACAUUUGCUUGUGUGUACAAGGGGACAGAGGAUCUUGUAGACCACUUUUCCGGGAGCGACCGGCCUUCAUUCGCGCCUGAUUUCCGCUAUUUCCGCCGUCUCCCACCUCUUCCUUCCUGCGGCUAG